CCGCACGUCAUCGUCCGGCGCACUGGUCGUGACUCGGUAAAAGUCGAGACCUCUCCACACUUUCGCUCAAGUGCUUCACAAGACGGCUACCAAGAGGGUAAGUGGCCCGGUGAAACGAAACGCCAGCAGCAGCAGCUUGUGGCACAUGAUGGCAUGGAUCAAGGGUUCACAGCGAAGCUAGAAAAGGGUGCCUGGCCAGAGAGCAGUGGAGAAGCGGAGCCCUGGCUCGAAACAGCCUCGAUCGUUCAAGCCACUUCGCGAUGGACGGCCUCUCCCGUGAUACGCCAGCUCCACGCGGAAUGCGAGGCCAGAGUCGCAGCCAGUCCAGCCGGCAAUCUCACUUUCCCUUCUCUUCGCUUCCAGUUGGUCGCGAAGAUGCUUACCUGCAAAGCACGCGCAUCUGCCGCCCCGAGCAGGCCGGUAUCGUGUCACCUC